AUGUCUACUGAAAAAAUUUCAUUCUUAUUAAAUUGGCAAGCUACACCAUAUCAUAUCCCAAUUUAUAUCGCUCAAUUGAAAGGUUAUUUCAAAGAAGCCGGUGUUGAUAUUUCCAUCUUGGAACCAUCAAAUCCUUCAGAUGUCACUGAAUUAAUUGGAUCUGGUAAGAUUGAUAUGGGUUUAAAAGCUAUGGUUCAUACUUUAGCUGCAAAAGCUCGUGGUUUCCCAGUCACUUCUGUUGGUUCUUUAUUAGAUGAACCUUUUACUGGUGUUUUAUAUUUGGAAGGUUCAGGUAUUACACCAGAUUUUACUUCAUUAAAGGGUAAAAGAAUUGGUUAUGUUGGUGAAUUUGGUAAAAUCCAAAUUGAUGAAUUAACAAAACAUUAUGGUAUGACUCCAGAUGAUUAUACUGCAGUUAGAUGUGGUAUGAAUGUUGCAAAAUUUAUUAUUGAAGGUAAAAUUGAUGCAGGUAUUGGUAUUGAAUGUAUUCAACAAGUUCAAUUAGAAGAAUAUUUAAAAGAAAUAGGUAGACCUUCCUCAGAUGCUAAGAUGCUUAGAAUUGAUAAAUUAGCUGAAUUAGGUUGUUGUUGUUUCUGUACCAUAUUGUACAUUGUUAAUGAUAAAUUCUUAGAAGCUAAUCCUGAAAAAGUUAAAAAAUUCUUAAAAGCUAUCAAGAAGGCAACUGAUUAUGUUCUAAGUGAACCAAAACAAGCAUGGGAAGAAUAUAUUGAUUUUAAACCAGAAUUAGCAAAUCAAUUAUCUUCCAAGAUGUUUGAAAGAUGUUUUGCUUAUUUCUCAGAUUCUUUAUAUAACGUUCAUAGAGAUUGGAGAAAAGUCACAGCUUAUGGUAAAAGAUUAGAAAUUUUACCUGAAGAUUAUAAAUCAAAUUAUUCAAAUGAAUAUUUAUCAUGGCCUGAACCUGAAGAAGUUAGUGAUCCAACUAAAGCUCAAGAAUUAAUGUUGGAACAUCAAGAAGAAUGUAAAGCUUGUGGUGGGUAUAGAAGAUUAGAUUUAUCUUCAUUAGCUCCAACUGCUCAAAAGGCUUAA